AUGUCCUUAUUCAGAGCUUCUGCAGCUACCGCGAGCGCUGCUCUGGGCCGCUCAUCCGCUUGCGCCAGCUUCAGCAGCACGCGCAUGGCUGUACGAACCUAUGCUCAGGGUCCUGUUGGCGGUGCGGUGAGUGAUCAGGUCUAGAUGGAUGGGCGGAUGUGCUCUGUUGUCUCUGUUCCCGCAGAGACCAAGAGGCCCAGAGAAGCAAAGGAGGUAGGCGGUUCUAUUGAGGGCCACCGGCGAUUGUGGGAGGCAGGCGCGCCUACGAAUACGAGGGGGAGCGACACUGUGCGUUGCAAGCUGACACGUGUAGAUGCUGAUCAAAUGCUCCACGCCUUCCUCCCUUUAUAGCACCCACCGCCAGAGCAAGGAGGUUCUCGUUCCACCGGCACUACGCGCAUGCUAGGUCUCUCCAUCGCCACGCUAGCCGUAGGCAUUGGCGGUUUCUUUUUGCUUUCCAAAGACACGCGCAAAGCGGCAGUGAGCGCCUCGGGUCAACCCAACACCUUGAGCAAGGUUUCCGGCUCCAAGGAUCGAGCGGCUCAGAUCUUGAAGCAGGAGAGCGAUGCGCCUCAGUCGGAAUUGAAAAAUGUUGAGCAGAAGGGGGCUGGAGCUGUGAAAGAGGUUGGAGAGGAGAUCAAGCAGGCCGGUCAGCAGGUCAAGAGCAAGCUCUCCUGA